CAUUCGGUAGCACCUUAAUUGUCCUCACGACACAUCUGACCAAGUAAUAAUAAGCACGUGCUUAUUAACACCUACGGCCGGUGAUCUAGCUAGUAGUAAACGUGAAGAGCUAGCUGUGGGCAUGGCCACCACCACUGCAAGAUCCACGCCGGAGUUUCUGAAGCUGUACCUGUCGCUGUCGACGGCGAGCAAGGUUAUCGCCAAGGGCGCCGGUGGCAGGCGGAACCUGAUGGCCGCCGCCGGCGGCGGCGCGUUCCGGUGCCGGACGUGCGGGCGGCAGUUCGCGACGUUCCAGGCGCUGGGCGGCCACCGGACCAGCCACAACCGGCCGCGGGUGCGCGCCGACGGCCUGGAGCUCCUCCUCGGCGCGAGGCCCGGCAAAGGCGCCGCCGCCAGCGACGUGCACCGGUGCAACUCCUGCGGCAUGGUGUUCCCCACGGGGCAGGCGCUCGGCGGACACAUGCGCCGGCACAGGGCGGCUGCGUUCGAUGCCGCCGCGGCGCCCAUGGAAGAGGGGGAUAGCGAGAGUGAUGACGCGGGCCAACACUUGAUGACUAACCAUACGUUAUUCCAGUUCAUAUGAACGAUCGUUCAGUAUAUAUGGUCUAAGUUUAUUAAUUUGGUUUGGACUUUGUGUAGUGGUUGCUUGAAAAAAUACAGCAAGCUCAUUAGCGCAUGCAGAAUUGCAGAUACAGAUCACAUGGUUUUGUUUUAUUUUUACGGAAACGGUUAUUGUAAUAAUAAGUGUUAAUUAUAUAUUGCUGCAGCAAAGUUUAAGAUUCAAUAUAUAAGCCCUUUUAUAUCAA